AUGAACUCCAGUAUGGACGUCCUCCGACCCAGGCAUAUUGUAUUUGAGGACUUUUCAGGGACCUUGAUGGACUCGAGCGUAAAAGUCGCAAAAGACGCAAAGCUCACGUUAAAGCCUUCUGUGUCCAUGAGCACAGAGGAGAUCAUGGCCAAGCUUGCAGGUUUAGCAAGCACUAUCCGUGAGGCACAAGGCAACAUACAGCAGCACCUUGAUGCCACCACAACAAGUGCGUCGGAUAUGCUAGAGGCGACAGGAGGGAGACUUCCAGUAGAAACCCACGUACUUGGCCAGAAGGCCAACUGGAAAUUUCAGGGUGCGAAGGAGGCCUUCCUGGCAGAGCUGAAGAUGAUGCGGGAUGUGGGAGAGCUGCUGGAUACAGACUUCUCGUCCGAAUACUCCCUGCCUAAACAGGACAUCAUGGCUCUGAAGACCCAGAUAAAGGACAUCAAUGCUUCUAUCAAACAGGUUGAAGAAGAGUUGAAGAACGGUGUCCAGCAGCUUGCACGUCUUUACGAUAACGCCAACAAAUUGGCUACACAGGCGGCGGGACAGCUGCCUCACAUUGAGGCUGACCUUCGGGACUACAUGGCUGCGCGGCACGCGCCACCUUGUUCUGCAACGGAGGACAUGAACGAGGCCGAGCUGUUACGGCUGCUGGCUGAGGAAGAGGCUCGUGCAGCACUGCUGGAGCAACAAGCUGCGUCGUCCGCGGCCAGCUGGGCGGCGGAGGAGACCAGAUACGCCACAAUGCACGAGGCAAUCCGCGCUGGUCUAGAACAGAUUCGGGAUCUGGAGGAGGAUUGCAACGCAGCGGCCAAAAAGCAGGGCGCGCAGCAUGCAGAACGGCUCCAGAGGUUCGACACACUGGCUUCUACUGUGUCACGCUUGACGGGCGUAGAAGUGGCGGAACAGGACGCGAACCAGCUGCAUUUGACCAUAACACAGAGCAUCCCCCGCUCGAUGCCCGGGCGUGAACAGUUCCCAGGGGUGGCUUCCCAAACACCCCAGGACACUGCAAUUGGUGCCGUCGAUGCCAGUGGCGUUGGAGCGGUGGUGGCCGAGCACGUGCUGACCAUCGAGUUUGAAGCGCCUGGCUCAGCGCAGCUGCGCGCUGCAACGCUUAACCCCCCCGCGGUGGAUAUUGGUGAAGCAGUGAAGGCGGCGCUUGUGGUGCAGACGUCAGCAGGGGCCGAGGCGGCCGUAGUGUUGUCAAGUCUGGUGAUCGACGUGAAGGCGCGCAUCCGCAAGCACUGCAGGCGCCAGUUGCAACUGGAGGAUGCAAACAAUCAGUACCCGCUGCAACCCACCACCGUAUCGCUGGAGGUGCUGCGCUGCGUCUUGCCUAAUAAGGUGGAGGUGGAGGUCCUAGUGCCGAUGGCCUGGCCGGAGGAGCCCGGAGUGCAACUACAGCUCGUGGAGAUUCAAGCCCCAAAGGCGUCGCACAACUCGGCACAUCUCCUGGCUUGCUUGCGACAGGAGCUUCAAGACGCCUAUGCUGGCAGCAAGGCAGGCGGUGUUCACGCAACGGCCCGGCGACGACAACUACAAAAUUGCAGCCUCCGGGAGAUGUUGGACUGGGUUUACAGCAGCGUCGUAGCCGAGCAAGGUCAAGGGGGCGGAGCUGCGAGCUGA